AUGAUAUACAGACGGAUCCUAAGGAAUCCAAUCUGGAACAUCUACCCAAAAUCCCAGUUGCGGAACACAUCAUCCACUGCAAACCCCACACCGACCGAAUCCCUCUCAAAUAAGCACAUUCCUUCGAGACUCGACGCACUCCGAUCUGCGAAACCCUUUUCAGAAUUCCUCACCGAUAAUUUUAAUCGCCAACAUGACUACCUUCGCAUAAGCGUCACGGAGCGGUGCAACCUCCGAUGCGUAUACUGCAUGCCCGAAGACGGGAUAGAGCUUUCGCCUCCAGCACGACUAUUGACCUCACCGGAAAUCGUCUAUCUCUCAUCCCUAUUCGUGGCUCAGGGCGUAACGAAAAUCCGCUUGACGGGCGGGGAACCGACUGUUCGGAAGGACAUCGUACCUCUAAUGCAAGACCUCGGCAAGCUGCGUCAGAACGGUCUGCGAGAGCUAUGUCUGACCACGAACGGGAUUUCCCUGCAUCGUAAGCUAGAUGCAAUGGCAGAAGCGGGUUUAACGGGUGUCAAUCUUAGUCUCGACACCCUAGACCCAUUCCAAUUCCAGAUAAUGACACGGCGCAACGGAUUCGAAGCGGUGAUGAAGAGCAUCAACCGCGUUCUUGACAUGAACAAAGUAGGAGCGAACAUCAAGCUGAAAAUCAACUGUGUCAUCAUGCGCGGUAUGAAUGACCGUGAGAUCGUGCCUUUCGUCGAGCUGGGCCGGGAAAAAGCUAUCGAGGUCCGAUUCAUCGAGUAUAUGCCUUUCGACGGCAACAAGUGGAAUCAGGGCAAGAUGUUCUCGUACAAGGAAAUGCUGUCGACUAUACGAGAAAAAUACCCGACGCUGGAAAAGGUCGUCGAUCACAAGAGCGAUACUAGCAAAACAUAUCACGUACCUGGAUUUGUCGGCCGCGUUGGCUUCAUCACUAGCAUGACGCAUAAUUUCUGUGGUACAUGCAAUCGGCUGCGUAUAACUAGUGAUGGGAACCUGAAGGUCUGUCUUUUCGGUAAUACGGAGGUAUCACUUCGCGAUGUCAUCCGGCGGGGAAACGGUGGAAAUCCCAUCGAUAAGCAGGCAAUGAGGGAGCUGCGGUUGCUGGAGACUGUCGAAAGUGCUGCCAGGUUAAGUGACGAGGGCCGAUUGGUUAGCGAGCGAGAAUGCGCCAUCCUUGAUAUAAUUGGAGCUGCUGUGAAGCGCAAGAAGGAGAAACAUGCUGGAAUGGGGCAGCUAGAAAAUAUGAAGAACCGGCCCAUGAUUCUUAUCGGCGGGUAG